CCAGCCAUGGGGAUGGAUUACUAUGCUGUGCUCCAGGUCAAUCGCAACUCAGAGGAUGCCCAGAUCAAGAAGGCAUACCGGAAGCUUGCCCUGAAGAACCACCCAUUAAAGUCAAAUGAGCCGACUGCACCAGAAAUAUUCAGGCAAAUAGCAGAAGCCUACGACGUGCUGAGCGACCCAGUGAAACGAGGCAUCUAUGACAAGUUUGGCGAGGAAGGCCUGAAGGGUGGGAUUCCUCUGGAGUUUGGAUCCCAGACUCCAUGGACAACGGGCUAUGUCUUCCAUGGCAACCCUGAAAAAGUGUUCCACGAGUUUUUUGGAGGAGACAACCCCUUCAGUGAAUUUUUUGAUGCAGAAGGAAAUGAUAUAGAUUUGAAUUUUGGGGGGCUUCGGGGCCGAGGGGUCCAGAAACAAGACCCUCCAAUUGAACGAGACCUCUAUUUGUCCCUGGAGGACUUAUUCUUUGGCUGCACCAAAAAAAUUAAGAUCUCCCGAAGGGUGCUAAAUGAAGAUGGGUAUUCCUCUACCAUCAAGGACAAGAUCCUGACCAUCGAUGUGAGGCCUGGGUGGAGGCAGGGCACGCGCAUCACCUUUGAGAAGGAAGGGGACCAGGGCCCCAACAUUAUCCCGGCCGAUAUUAUCUUCAUCGUAAAGGAGAAGCUGCACCCUCGCUUCCGCAGGGAGCAGGACAACCUCUUCUUUGUGUACCCCAUUCCUUUGGGCAAGGCCCUUACCUGCUGCACUGUGGAGGUGAAGACCCUUGAUGACCGGCUGCUCAACAUCCCCAUCAACGACAUUGUCCACCCCAAGUACUUCAAGAUGGUGCCAGGUGAGGGGAUGCCGCUGCCUGAGGACCCCACCAAGAAGGGAGACCUCUUCAUCUUCUUCGACAUCCAGUUCCCCACCCGUCUCACACCCCAGAAGAAGCAGAUGCUGCGCCAGGCACUGCUGACCUAAUUCCGGGGGACCUGAGCAGGAACAGGGAUGGAGAGGGCUAGCUGGGCCUUGCCCGCUCCUACCCCCUCAGCCCCCACAGCCUGUGAAGAUGGGGAAGCACGAGAUCUUAGGCUGACAUAAUAAAGAUUCCUUUCCUAUCCUCUAACUAUGACGGGAAGCGAGUCGGGGGGAUGUUACCUCUAGGAACCAAAAAGCUAGGCACCUGGGGCCCCAUUUUGGCUUCCUAGGCAUGGACUUGUUCACUGAGACUUCAGAGUCUCUUGCAACACCAGACAGGGCUGUGUGACCUCCAGGGUCCUUCUGUCUUGACGUCUCACAACAUAUAUCUUUAGAGGAACCAUCUGUGGACUGUGCUGUCUUGAGAACUACGGACAGGGAAAGUGAAGCACAGGAAGAGGCAGCGGCUGUCCCGGCGCUCCUGUGUCCGUGGCUAAGCAGCCAUCAGAACCCUAGGCCACUCCAUCUAGGCUCACAAGCUUCAGUUAAGAGCCACACCCACAGCACAGUGCCAGAAGGGCUCUGGCCUCCACCUCUGCUUUGGUUCCUCGUCUAUGAAAUGAGUUUUAAGCUGCCUCUGGGCCAGCAGUCUGGGAGGCAUGGGCCCUUGACGACCUGACUCUUGACCUUGUUGUCAAGACUACUGACCUUGUUGGUGAAGCUUACAACCUGCCUACAGGUAGAAGACUGGGGUCAUUGGUGUGAAAACGCUCAUGGUUAGAUUAUAGAGAGCCACGGCAUCAUUGCCCGGUGACCUGGAGGAGGUCCAGCUUCUGGGUCCACACCCACGCCUUUAAGGUCAACAAUGCUGUGUUCCUCUUCCUUGCUAAGGUGCUUGCCCUGUCUGGGGUUUGAGUUUAGGCUGUGAUUAGGUCUAGGGUUGUGGGCAUCAAGCAGGUUCGGUGGUUUCUAAGAUAUGAAAACAACCCAGACUGUCCACAUUGCUUAGAAUUCUGUCACUCAAAUCGCCACAUUAGCUUAAGGCUUUUCCCUUUUGUCUUUAAAAAAAAUCUUUUGGGGCUGGGGAUUUAGCUCAGUGGUAGAGCGCUUACCUAGGAAGCGCAAGGCCCUGGGUUCAGUCCCCAGCUCCGAAAAAAAAAAGAACCAAAAAAAAUAAAUAAAUUAAAAAAAUCUUUUUUCAGGACUGGAGAGUCAGUGGUUAAGACUGUUCUUUCAGAGGUCCUGAGUUCAAAUCCCAGCAACCACAUGGUGGUUCACAACCAUCUGAAAUGAGAUCUGAUGCCCUCUUCUGGUGUGUCUGAAGAUAGCAACAGUGUACUCAUACAUAAUAAAUAAAUUAAAAAAAA